UCUUAUAAGUGCAUGUGCAGUGGAGCCGUUAACUGUUUCGACUUCUAAAGACGAAACUGGAUUCGUGAUAUCCAUGAUAUCGUUCGCUGUUCUUUAAACCUAACUCCGUUUAGUUCGUCGCACAAUGGCCGAGACAAACGGUGCAACGAAUGCUAAUGUCAAGAAUGGAAACUUUAUCUGCGGUGUGGUGGAAGGAUUUUAUGGUCGUCCUUGGACCACCGAGCAACGAAAGGAUUUAUUUCAGAAGUUAAAGAAAUGGGGAAUGGAUUCGUAUCUGUAUGCUCCGAAAGAUGAUUACAAGCACCGUGCGUACUGGCGAGACUUGUACACUGUAGAAGAAGCCGAACAUUUAACAGGUUUAAUAACGGCUGCACGUGAAUGCGGUAUUACCUUUUACUAUGCUUUGUCUCCUGGCUUGGAUAUUACAUAUUCGAGUGCAAAGGAGGUGACAGCAUUGAAAAGGAAAUUAGAGCAAGUAAAUCAGUUCGGAUGCACAGCAUUCGCUCUGCUUUUUGACGACAUUGAACCUGAAAUGAGUGAAGCGGACAAAGAAGUCUUUCAGUCUUUUGCACACGCACAGGUCUCUGUGACAAAUGAUAUUUUUCAACACCUCGGGCAACCACACUUUCUUUUAUGUCCCACACAAUACUGCGCUACUCGUGCGAUGCCUAACGUGUCAACGUCGGAAUAUCUGAAUACAUUAGGUAGUAAAUUGGCACAAGAAAUAGACAUAAUGUGGACUGGGCCAAAGGUCAUAUCUCGCCUAUUAACUAUGGAGUCCAUAGAAGAAAUUACGGAAGUAUUAAGAAGACCUCCUGUUAUUUGGGAUAACUUGCAUGCUAAUGACUACGAUCAAAAGCGUGUCUUCCUUGGGCCUUACUCUGGGAGAUCUCCCGAUCUUAUUCCCAAGCUCAGAGGGGUUUUAACGAAUCCCAACUGCGAGUACGGGGCCAACUUUGUCGCUAUACAUACUCUAGCUCAAUGGAGCAGGUGUAAUGUCGACGGAAAACGAGACUUAAGCUUAAAUGACACAGUAUCGGCGGAUAUUAAACUAGAAACAGAGACAGAAGAUGGUGUCAUUGGAGAAGACGUUCCUUCCACACUCUCGCCCAACAUGUACCAUCCUCGACAUGCCUUGAAAAAUGCAAUUAACGAUUGGUUAGCUGAAUUCAGCAAGAAACGAGCUGCGUGGGGUGUUAUUGCAAAACCACAGCCAUGUGUGGCACCUACGAUUCCUAUUCCUAUAAUCCCUUCCGUCAACACGUGCAUGAGCCUAACCUCAACAACGACUACUACAGUUCCUGCCACACCAGCCCCCACAACUAAUUCAAAUCAUCUUCAAGCAUUGGCUGAAGUUUGUUCAACUGUGACCUGUAGCGAGAAUUUUCCGCAGCCUCCAGCUGGUCCUGUUAUGAAUUCGUUGGUGUCUGAAACAAAAGUGAUAAGUGAACCCAUAGUAUCGACGGUGGUUUUAACAAAUGAACCAUCCAUGCAGCCUCCACCUUCAACUGAACCUAUGGACUGUAACGUAACCCCUGGAAGUUCACCAGCUCAUUUUGCAUCAAAAGCCUCGACAGAUGAUGAUGCCAUGGUAGAAAUUACUUCUACAUGCAGCGGAGCUUCUGGAAGUAUGCAAGUAGAACUGGAUGGAUCUUCACCUACAACGAAUGGAAUGCAGAUGAUUGUUGAAAAUGAGAACCAUGAGAACCAUAAUAAAUCGGACGUGGACGUGUUAGAUCCUAAAGAGGAAGAUAAACAACUCACUCACGAAGACCUAUCGUUAUUGUGUGACUUAUUUUAUUUGCCAUUCGAGCACGGUGGUCAGGGAAUACAGUUGCUACAGGAAUUUAACUGGCUGAAAAGUAACGCACAUGUCGUCAUUAAUAAGUUGAAAGAAGAAGAUGAAUCUGCAUCAAAGGCUGACUUGUUAAAAUUGCAGACCGAAGAAUGGCACGCACGAGCUGCUAAAAUGAACGAGAUGUGCAACGCUGUAAACAGACUGUUUCAACGACUUACUUACUGUAACAAUCGAGAAUUGCUGUAUGAUCUGUACUCGUACGUUUGGGACAUGAGGGGAGUUGUUUCUCUUUUGAACAGCUACGUUAAGUGGCUAGCGUGUGGCAGAUUCCCGUCGACGAUGACUACAUUUACCCAGGGCAGCUAUACAUGGUUCUCGAAUGGAUGGAAGGAAACUUUCAUGAGCGGAGACCAAGAACCUUGGGUGUUUCGGGGCGGAUUAACUGCUGAUUUACAGAGAUUGAUUCCUGUAGACAGUGGAAAUGAUUUGUUCGUGUACAAAGCACCGGAAGUUCCCAGCAGUAAAAUAUACACGAUCAGGCCUUACGAGUCUGGGGACGAGGAUGCAGUUCAUGCAGCUUGUAAUCGAAUUGCAGGAUGCACGACUUCCUCCGCUGUAGCAGAUAGACUCGUCGCUGGAUAUUUGACACUCUGUCCUGAAAUGUGUAUGGUGGUCGAGGACGAAGACGGUAUUGUCGGUUAUGCCCUUGCUGCCUUAAACAUAAAGACCUACAAUCAGAAAAUGGCAGUAUCCUUGAUACCAGAGUUCCGGUUAAAAUAUCCUCUGGAAAUCACCACAGAGGAUAUGCCAUCUAAUAUCAAAGAUGCCAUCGAGUACUUCCAUUCUUUCGUGUCAGAAGUUCCGGAGCAAAUUUGCAGGCAACAUCCGUCUCAGAUUUCCUGCGCAGUCUUGCCAUCGGUGACUGACCAGUCCAUUCCUAAGAGACUCAUUACUUGUGUCCUUGCUGCCUUAAGAGCUAAUGGGUCUUUUGGUGUUCACUCUCUGAUACCAGUUGCGGACAAGGAGAUGCACGAGUUUUAUGGGAAACUCGGAUUCGUCGACGUUAACCAGUCGCAAGAGGAGAACACAUCGGUAGUAACAAUGUGUAGGAGUUUCUAACAAAGGGCGAGCACACCUGUGAUAUUUGUUAACAAGAUAUUGCUAUUCAACCCAGCCUUGGAAAGAGCUGCGAAUACCUGAACGAGUAGGUCGAAUAUUAAUUGCACAAGUAUUCAGACGGUAAUUGUGGACGAACGACCGCAGGUAUUCGAGGUGCCGCGAAAGUGCGCCGAUUUUUUCAGACGUACGUGCAUAUCUGCAGACAUUUUUUCAGGGGAAUGGUAAGAGUCGUUAACGUGCGCGUGUACCAAGAACACUGACUGAGCCGUUCUGUGUUCGUGGAGAAUGAGGUUCUAGUGCGUACGUUGUACAUACGUCUUAGGUUUAAGUAUCCGGAGGAAUGUUUUAUAAAAAAGAGAGAGAGAAAAGAAAAGAAGAACGAGCGCAGAGGGAAAGAAACGAGCACGCGAUGUUGGGUCUGUUUCGUUUUCCGGUAGAGCCCGGAUAUGUUAUUCCAGGGAUACGACGAAAGAGAUUUCUCAGGAAGGAUUUCUAUCGCCUUGAGAAAUUGAUUCUAGGCUUUCGUGGUAAUCUCUCUUUUUUUUUCUUUAUCGUCAGCUGGGACAGCAUCGGUCAUGUUGAAUCGUCAUAUCGCAAUUUACAGUAUGCAAGGAUGAUUUUUAAUGUAACGUAACGUGCUAGCGAAUCCUCAGUUUCUGGAGAAUUAAAGAUAAUAUCGAGAAUUCCACGGGAUUAUUGUCUCAGUGUGCAAUAUUUGGGAAAUCAACGUCUAAUUAUGUUCACAGGACCAUAUUCAGUUUGAGUGGGUUUCAAUCGGAAAUAAUAUCGAUAUAGUUCGGAGUACAUGCUCGUUAAGAUAUAGUCAAAUCAUGCGUUACAUGUUAUAAUUUCUUUUUCUUUUUUUUUUCCUUUCAUACUUUCUUCUUUUUCGUUAAGAAAAUUCAAUCUCUCAUUCGGCGUUUCAGGGAAAAAUGGCGAGGGAGUGAUAUUUAUAAGGGUUCAUCCAGAAAUAAUUUUAAACGUGUACAUAUUUAGCCCGAUAUCUAUUAGAUGAAUUUUGCUAGAUCAUAAUCGGAGGCUCCAUCGAAAAGUAGCUUCGACUGCCAUUACUGAAGAGGAGCGAACCAGGAGAUUUUAAUUAUCUUCUUGCGUUUAAGAGGUGCCUUAAGGUGAAGUGAAAUCCUUCUCAAGUCAUUAAGUUCCAAUAAAACAAGAAUAAGACAUUAAACAUCUAAGAAUUAGCGUCGAGCUCUGAUAUUUUUUAUUAUUAAUACGAACGUCGGGAAUGUAGGUAUUUAGAAGAUUCUCUUUUACCGAAGUCGAUCAAAUGUCUCGAUGUAUUUCACUUCACCUUGAGUUUUCAUUGUCGCUCAAUGAUAAACUUAUCGAACCCUUGUUCUAUACGGCAUCUCACAUCUAGGAAGGAUUAUUUAGCUCGGAUAAACUGGAAAUGUUAGGAUGUUUAAUGGUACAGUUUUGUCGGACGUCCUGAUAACAUAUCCGGGUUUUAUUGAUACACAAGCGGCGUAUCGCCAAAUACUUUUGUAAAAUAUUUCUUUAAAACUGUUAAAGUAGUAACUCGGAUUGAUUUAUUAUAUGCGGAAGAUGGACGAACUUUUAAUGCGUCUUGACGUGCAUUACAUAUUAGUCGUGGGUUGAGAACUAUUACUUUAAUAAGAAUUGAUUUAAACGUACAUUCUUAGGGAUAUGUAAAAGUGAUAUGACGAUACGUCUCUUAUGUACCGAAGGCAUUAUUUUGCGAGUAUUUUAAAUUACGGCAGAAAGGCGAUAAAGCUGGUAACUCUUAAAUAACAAGCCAAAUGCGGUAAACAUUGAGAUUGUAAACACUUUUAACCAAUAAUCUAUACAUUUGGGAGGAAAUGUAAGGCUAAAUGGACGCUGAUUACCAAUGUACAGAAACUAUAUCUUUUCAUAGUCUCACUACCAUGUUUUCGUAAAAGUAAUAUACAUUUUGUAAUUGUCAGUCAACUGCACCGAAGUUGAUACUAUUGUAGCGAUGCACUCCAUUAAAGGUUGUUUGAUAUGUUUGCUGCAGCGAGAGCGAUACGGUAUCUGAGAAAGUCCUUUUAAAUAAAUGAAAACCAUCUGUCCAAAGGGACAGUUUCUUUUUGAAUCGAAUCGAUGCGAACGUAUCAAACAACAGCCUUGUAGCUGGGCGGAUUAGGAAAUCUGUGUAGCAACAACGUAUCUGUUGUUUUUAUUAAUAUUUUUAUCCACGGCCUGAUAAUGUAUUUCAGUGACUGCAUAUUGUGUCAAAGAUUGUCGGGAAGAGAAAGAUAAAAGUUAUUCACUUCCUUGCAGCUUUAUUUACUAAUUCAUUUUUUUUUUGUUUAUUUUCUUUUUCUUUUUCUAAUAAUAUGUUCAAACCUAAUACAGCCAUAAUUGCACGCGCUACGUAUACAUAAUUUUUAAUUCAUGUCGUAACAUCCCAGUAAUUGAAACGAAAUAAAUGCGAACUGAAACGAA